AUGCCGCGGAAGCAGCGUUCGUGCACUCUUCCCACGGAGCGCGUGUCCCCCGCCGCCGCCAGCGCGAAGCUGACGAUGCGUCUCGAGUGCACUCAAAAGUCGUCGCCGCAGGUCGGCAGAGCGCGAUUGCCGUCCGUCGCCGCCAUCGCGAGGCAUCAGCGCGCCUCGACGUGCCUCCUGCUGCUCCUCGCCCUCCUCCACGCCCCCGCCUUUGCUGCUUCCUCAUCCAAGCACCCGCUGCUUCUCAACGGGGACUUCGAUCUCCCCGAGUCCACGGCGGUCAACGGCAGCGCAAAGCUCGCGAGCGCAAUGAGCGCGGUCCGCGGGGCAAUUGGCGCAGUGGCGCGGCGAAUAGCGGGGUGGGACGUGGUGGGGACGCGCAUCAAGCUGCAGUCGCUUAUGCCGGGAAACCCGGGGCAAGGGCAGGUCGCGUCACUACCGCGACAAUACCUCCUCAUCCCCUCAGUUCCCGCGCAAGCGGUGUCCCAGACCUUCCCCACGCGCGCGGGGUGCGUGUACGAAGGGUCGUUCGCCAUCCGCUCGCACCACGUGGACGGCUGGCCCGCUGCCGUCAUGCUGUCCGUGACUGACGUGGCGUCGAGUCAGCAGCUGCACUUCGAUGUGCUGCAUGAGAAGAUGACCCAGGAGUGGACGGAGAAGCGAUUCACGUUCAUAGCAGCGGGGAAGCGCGCCGAGCUCACCUUUGGCUCCGUGCCCGCCCAGGGGGGGCGCGCUUCCAGUGGUGACGUCGGUGCUGCCAUCGACGACGUCACUCUCUCCAUGCCCACCUGCUACGCGGCUAGCGCACAGAGCACGGAGCAGCGGCUGCUGGUGGAGGAGCAGGAGAGCGCAGCACUGCAGGCACAGGAGGAGGCGGAAGCAUGGGCGGCGGAGGAGGCGCGCGAGCAUAUGAGGAGCGCCCGGGACGCUGUUGCCCACAUGCACUCUGCUGUCUCCGCCACCCUCGCUGCUGCUGCCGCCGCCGCUGCCGAUGCUCGUGCUGGUGCUGGUGGGGCUGGUGAUAAGGCUGGAGCGGGGAAUGCAGCGGGAGGGGGGGAUGGGGGAGUGAAGCACGAGAAUGAGCCACCCGUUGGCGCGGGCAAGGCGCUGAGCACGAUUCUGGUGCCCAUGGGGGCGCGCAACGUGAAGGUCAGCGGUAACUCCGUGAAUAUAACGUCGGAUAGUGGCAACAGCAGCGCCACCAUCACCAAAGGGUCGCGGUGGCAGUCCCUGAGCAAGUACUCAUCGGGGGUGUUUCAAGCGCGCAUGACGUGCCCUGCCAACGACACCACUGGCCUCCUCUUCUCCUUCUUCCUGAGCACAAUGGCAGGGGAGGGCAACCACAGCGGGGUGAGCUUUGACUUCCCCGGGGCCAACAAGACGCAGCUGUACGCCACGCACCACAUCAAUGGCCGUGCCUACCCCAUAACCGUGCCUCUCAACUUCUCCUGUGAUUCACAGCCGCACCUCUACACCAUAUACUGGGACGCCAAGUACACUGCGUGGUACGUGGAUCAGGUGUUGGUGCGGCUGCUGCAGUUCCGUCCCAAGCGCUCCUACCCCACACAGCCCAUGUACCUGUACGGCACACUGCGCCCUGCUGCCGCCACCAACAUGGCCAAGCGCGCUGGCGUCGCCAAGGGCAACUACACCAACCUCGCCCAGUGGACAGGCAUCACAGUGAUCGGUCCCCUGAUGGCGCAAGUCGGCCCAGCGCCCCCCAAGAAGCCCCCGGCAGCGGUGCAGUGGCCGCGCACGAACGGCAGCAUCAUGGCGCCGCUGAUGGUGGACUACUGCGACGACCACUGCCUCUCCUGCGCCAACAGCACUGACGGCUCCGCCACCAUCCGCUACGACAACCGCUGUGGGUCUCGCUUCCGGUCAUCGCUGCCCUACUACUUUGCGUUCAUCAGUGGCGACGUGCGCUGUGCCCCGGGGCUCACCAGCGGCAUCGUCACCAGCUUCUAUAUGUCAUCGCUGGAGGGCAGUGGCAUACAGGACGAGAUAGACUUCGAGUGGCUGGGCAAGAACAAGUCGAUCGUGCAGACCAACUUCUACGUGGGCGGGGUGGGCGGGCGGGAGAAGAUCGUGGACCUGGGCUUUGACUGCUCACAGGCCUUCCAUAACUACGCCAUCCUCUGGACGCCCUCGCAGCUCGUCUGGUUCAUAGACUACAAGGCAGUGCGUGUCGAGUACAACGCCUCCUCCGUUCUCCCCCCCGCCAAGCGCAGCAAGCCGGGCGCACCCGUGCCGUCCAAAGCAUACCCCUCCAAGCCGGCCUUCUUUUACGCCAGCAUGUGGGAUGCCAGCAGUGCGGGCAACGGGUGGUGGGCGGGCAAUAGAAGUGCGUCCACUGUGAACAACCCCAACUGGGCCAUCUUUGCCCGGUAUAAGAACCUGCGAGUGCUCUCGCCUUUCCGCUCCGCUUCCCCCAUGACUGCCAAAGCGCGCUCUGCGGCGCACUCCCCCCCCUGCCCCGUCUUCGCCAGCAGCACGCUCGAAUGGACUCCGCUCGGCCGCUUCCACCGCUUCCUCGGCGCCGCCUCCCUCCCCCGCCGCAUUCAGCGCUUGCGCCGCCGGCGCCACCCUGCUGCGCGCAAGGUGCUCGGCGCAAGCCGACAACGGCGCAUUCCGCCCUCCUUGUCAGCUGCCGCGCGGGGAGACAACCUCCUACCCGGAGGCGCUCUGCCAUCGGCGGAUGAUCCACAGGCGCCGCAGCAGGAGCAUGAGCAGCGGCGGAGGCGCAGCGAUGGGCGGCGAGUGCGGUUCGAUUUGGGCGACAAUGACGACGAUGAAGCUAGGAAAGAGACGAACGCUGGCGACAGCAGCAGCCGGCAGCGGUUCGGGUUGGAGCGCGGCGGGCAUCCGUUGGGCGUGCAACCCCUAGGGAACCUCUUCCUGCGCUCCGACCAUAACCCCCUUAAACCCCUCCGCAACGCGCGCGACGCGGGGCUCGGCGCACUGCGGCGCCUGCCGGACCCAAUCCUGCUGGACAUCGUGGGGCGGCUGCCCGCCGAGUCGCUGUGCCACGUGGGCAUGGCGAGCCGCGCGCUGCACGUCGUGGCGCACCAGGAGGAGCUGUGGCGCGCGCUGGUGCUGGAAUCCGCGGAAGGCGGGUUCGAAUGGGAGGCGAGCUGGCGGUGGACUUACGUGAAAUGGCGCAUGGGCGCACGGGCGCAGGCGGAGGGAGAGGGGGAGGGGAAGGGAGGGGAAGCAAGCAGGGAAGGGAAGGGCGUGAAACGGAAGGAGAAGCAUGGGGAGGAGCGCGGGGUGUUGCAGUACCGACCGCCAUUGAAGGUACCGGACUUCUAUUCGGACUAUUUCUUCCAGAGCUGGCUCUGCACCAGCCUCGCCCUGCCGCCCGCCUGGACCACCCACGACAACAUCCCGCGCGUCGCCGCCACCUCCCUCUCGCCCGCCGACUUCGCCGCCCGCUUCGAGCGCCCCGGGCGGCCGGUGAUCAUCACAGGCGCCAUCAGCCACUGGCCGGCGUUGUCCCGGUGGCAGGACCGUGCGUACCUGUGUGGCGCAGCGGGCGACAGUGCGUUUGCGUGCGGGCCGGUGGAGCUGAGCUUGGAUCAGUACUGGCGGUAUGCGGACGGAGUGCAGGAGGAGCGGCCGCUGUACGUGUUUGACCCGCGGUUUGGGGAAAAGGCGCCUGCUCUGGUGGGAGACUAUGAGGUGCCCGAGUACUUCCGAGAGGACCUCUUCCAAGUGCUGGACCUGGGGACGGGUGGUGGGGAGAAUGGAGGGGAGAACGGGGGUGAGCGGGGCGCGGGUGGAGCUGGGGGAGAAGGGGGAGAUGGGGGUGAGGGGAGUGCGGGCGGGAGGGGAAAAACGGGGGAAACUGGUGAAGUGGAGGUGGGUGCAGGAGAGGGAGAGGGAGAGGGAGAGGGGCAAGGGAAGAAGGAGGGGCCGAGUGGGCGACCUGAUUUUCGGUGGCUGAUCAUGGGCCCUGCCCGGUCGGGGUCAUCAUGGCACAUAGACCCCAACUCCACGUGCGCCUGGAACGCCGUCAUCACCGGCUCCAAGAAGUGGAUCCUCUUCCCGCCCAACGAGGGCCCGCCACCUGGCGUGCGUGCGAGCCCCGAUGGUGCUGACGUGGCGGCGCCGGUGUCGAUCACGGAGUGGUUUAUGAAUUACUACGAGGAGAUGCGGCGGGGGCCGGUGACGGCGUAUGAGGGCGUGUGUGCGGCGGGCGAGGUGAUGUUUGUGCCGCAUGGAUGGUGGCACAUCGUGCUCAACCUGGAGGAGUCCAUUGCUCUCACUCAGAACUAUGUCUCCAGCGCGAACCUGUUGGAUGUGAUGCGGUUCCUGCAGCGGCCCAAUGCGCGUGUACUGGUGUCAGGCAUGGGCGAGGGGCAGCGCGAGGGGCUGCACGACCGCUUCCGUGAGUGCCUGGCGGUGCACCGCCCAGGGCUGCUGGAGAGGGAGGAGAGGGACGAGGAGGAGCGCAAGCUCAGACGCAAGCAGAAGGCUGCUUUCUGGGAGCAAGCAGCUAAUGCGGGCGAUGGGGGUUUCAGAUUUGGAUUUUAG